AUGGAGGAUUUAAAAGAUACAAGUCAAUCUGCAUCUCAAAGUUUAUUAAAAGUGGAAAUAUCAUUGUCUGAAAUGUUGUCAAAUCAUAAUAAUAAUAAUAAUACAAGUCAAUUAAAUAAUCAAAGUGUAAAUAAUAUAAGUGAUUUAAUUCAAUCACCUAUUCAUAAUAAUCAUCAUCAUCAUAACCAACAUUAUAGUCCAUCAUCAUCACUCAAUUCUUCAUCAUCUUCGUCAUCAUCACCAAAUAUAUCAAUGGAUGAAUAUUCAAUUGUAACAUCAUCAUCUACAUCAUCGGCAACGAUUCAAGCAAUGAUUGUAGAGAUUAAUAAUUUAAUUGGUCAAAUGGAAAUCAACAAUAGAAUAUUAAGAGACAAGAGAAUGCUACAAGAAGAAUCAUUGGCCAAUCAAUUGGGUGAUUUAAUCGAUCAAUAUGAAGACAUUUUAGAAAAACAAAAAGAAAUCGAUAGUAGUAAAAAAGAUCAAGGAACAGGCAUAUUGGAGGGACUGGGCAUUUAUAUAUUUGCAUCUUCAGCUAUCUUGGUUGGCAUCAUUACAUGCAUUGUCUUGUUGACAUCGAUAUUCUCACAUUUAUUGUCAAAACGUAGUAGUAAUAAUAAUAAUCAUAAUAGUGCUCGUCAGUCUGUUCAACAAAUAUUAAAACCAUUUGCCCGAUAA